AGUUUAUCGAAGGAUUUUUUUUUCCUCUUCUUGCAGCGAGGAGUACAGUACUCUAAACACUAGUGUCGUUCGGAGCCGAAAAAAACCUCACCGUGCUUCCGCCGCGAUUUGCGAUUUUCCACCGCGACUCUCUUCUUCUCCACUACCAUGAAGCUCGUUAGAUUUCUCAUGAAGUUGAACAACGAAACCGUCUCAAUCGAGUUGAAGAAUGGCACUAUUGUUCAUGGCACCAUUACAGGUGUUGACAUCAGUAUGAAUACACAUUUGAAAACAGUUAAGCUAACUCUAAAGGGGAAAAAUCCAGUUACUUUGGAUCAUCUCAGUGUGAGAGGCAACAACAUUCGUUAUUAUAUCCUUCCUGACAGCUUGAAUCUUGAAACUUUACUUGUUGAAGAAGCUCCUAGGGUCAAGCCUAAGAAGCCAACUGCUGGAGGAAAGCCUUUGGGGCGAGGACGGGGGCGAGGACGUGGACGUGGACGCGGUCGUGGCCGUUAAAUUGUGUAUCACAAGUUCAUGUAUUUGACUUUGUUGUAGGGCAAUUUUCUGACAGUUUGAAAGACACCGACAGUGUGUUAUUGUUAAUUAGUUUUGUGGAGUAUUAAUGAUGUUAUAUUCUUACCUAAGUGCUUUAUAGAUCCAGUUUAUAGUCCCUGCCGGGUAAUGUCAAAUGCCAAUCAACUGAAAGAAGCUGUGUUAGUACGUAUUAGAUAAUUGAGUUUAUAGGAAUUGCUGAUCACUCACCGGUGUUGUCUGCAGUGGUAAUGGUAAUUGUUAUUUGAACAGAUGGUUA